AUGAAAAGCCACUCUGGCCGCACUCAAUACGAUUUGGUUCCAGCUCUAGUCGCCAUCUUUACUACUCGCAUCCUCCAAUUCCAUCAAGAACUGGUAUUCUAUCUCCCUGUUCUCGAUAUGGUAGUGGCAUCGUCUAACAAGGACAGGAUAGGACAUUCGUCAUCGAUGAUGAAGCAGAACGAAAUCUACGCCGCUCUCACCGAAGUCAAUGUAGCAGGAAUGUUCCACUGGAGCCUUUAUGUCGUCGAAGCCGACGGCAAACCAGGCUGGCAAGUCCACGCCACCAACAAAGACACCGAUGUAUGGCGGUUCGCGCAAGAUAGCUGGGACGGGCCCUCGUCCGAGGGUGCCAUCGCCUUCCUCAAGAUCGGCGAGAUCAUGGAAGGGCUAGACGUCUCUUGCCUCCUCGAAUACGUCCAGAACAUCCCCAUGGCCGUCCCACCCAGCCAAGAAGACAAGGAACCGGCAUUCACGUGUCGGGUUUGGUUCAAGGAGGCUGUUAGGAUUCUGAACGACUCGGGCUUGUUUGUGGAAUGUAUGGAUGUGGAUGCACUCGAAUAUGAGUUGGCACAGAGGGCUAUUGUGGCACAGUAUAGCAGGCAGUUGCCAGUUAUUGCUGUGGCGAAGAAUGCGAGGGCUUGGACAUAG